AUGGAUGACGAUUGGGUGGAAUCUCCUGCGAAGGAUCUUCGUAGUAGAAGAAGGUCGACUCGCAACCGACAAGUAUCAAAAGCGCUUAGUGAGAGUUUGCAAUCAGCAGACUCACCUCAAAAGCGUAGGUCGCCGUCUGAAGAGGAGCCGCCCAAGAAAAGACCUCAGAGAGCACGGAAAACGAGGAUAACCGCGCCCGUUGAAGUUGAACUUUCCACCGAGGAGGGGCUCAAACUACUAACAAAUGAAGAGCGCAUGGGCUGGGAAGGCUGGGUUGAGCUUGAGUCUGAUCCUGCGACGUUCAGUUACAUUUUACGAGGAUACGGCGUAGAGGGUGUCAAAAUUCAAGAAGUACUCUCACUGGAUAGUGAAAUGCUAGCGGAUCUUCCGAAACCAGUUUAUGGUCUUAUUUUCCUCUUUACCUACAGAGGGUCGGAUGAUCAUGAUGAUUAUGGGUUACCAAGGGAAAUUCCGACAGAUGUUUGGUUUGCAAACCAAACCAUUCAAAACUCAUGUGCAACCGUUGCCAUGCUGAACAUCGUCAUGAAUGUGCCGGAAAUUGAGCUUGGCCAAACGCUCCGUGAUUUCAAGAGAGAAACAGAGGGCCUAGAACCAGCUUAUCGAGGGAAACAGCUCGGGGAGAAUGUUUUCAUAAGAAACACUCACAACUCAUUCGCCCGGAAAAUUGACAUCCACAACGUGGAUCCCGCGGAAUUUGACUUUGAAAAAUGGCUAAAGGUUAUGAAUAAGGACAAGCUUAUAAACAAGGACAAAUCCAAGAAGCAAAAACCACCCACGAUCAGCCAAGGUAAGAAAGCAUCAAGAAAGAACGUGCCAAGAAAGAAAAAGAAGCGUGUUCAGGAGGAAGCUGCAUAUCAUUUCAUAGCCUACGUGCCCAUCAAUGGGGUGGUAUGGCGUUUCGAUGGUCUUCAACACCAACCACUCAGCCUCGGUCCUGCGGGCGACGAUUGGAUAGCUGUUGCUCGGCAACACAUGGAGGAUCGAAUGACACAAUAUAUUGAAGAUGGGUUACAAUUCAACCUGUUGGCAUUGUGCGAAAGUCCUCUGCUAAGCAUACCGCGAAGAUUGGUCGAAGUCAUAAAAUCACUCAGAAGGGUCGAGGGUAUGCUAGACUAUGUGAAGGUGGAUUGGAAGGAGCUUGCUGCCUUUGACCCAACUCUAGGACAAGUGGAUGAGAUGUAUGGAUUGACGCAGGAGGUUUUAGAUUCGGUCCGCCUGUCAUCAGUAUCGAUAGAGAUCAUUGAGCAAGCAGAGGGGAGCGUGGAGGAUCUCAUGGCAUUGCAUCAGGAAUUCUUCUACGAGCUUGGUCAAUUGCGAAACUCGUAUAUAAACGAACUCGCGGCUAUAAACUAUGAGAACCACCAGGCUGCCUUGAAGAUGUUGGAAGAUACUGCUGCUCCAGAAGCGCAGGCUGAAGCGUCGACCUCUAUGGUAGAUUCAGACGUCCACAUGACUGGCGGAAGUACCACUAGUCACACAGCUGCUGAUACACCACAAGACCUACAACAUGAAGGAGAGCCUGCCGAGACUGCCAGUAAUGGCGAACGCCCUGAAAAUGAACUUGCCGCAGAAGCGAGGCCGGCGACUUCCACGCAAGAAGGUCAAACUAACAGUACUACGAAAAGUGGGAACGAUGAGAUGGAUCUGGAGACUGCAAUCCCGACUUCUAAAGCAGCAGAAGGCUCUCCGGAUGUUUCUCCAGUAGAAAACACCAGCUCCAUUCUCAGUCCAGAUCAUCUUGUGCAAGAUCAGCCCGCCACUAGGGAAGAACGUGUCGAAGACCAUGUGGCGGCUGAGAACAAGCAGGACGACGAGACUCCUUGA